AUGGCGGCGACGGCGUUGCACACAUCCGUUACGGUCUCCUCGGGCACCGACCCGAUCACGCGGCCGAGCGAGGCGUUCACCUCGCCCCGGGCCUCGCGCGAGGCCGCGUCACUCUCGCUGGCGCCGACGCCGAGGAUGCCUUCGCGGUGGGCCUCACGGGGCCGUCUUGAGCAGCACGGCUUCGGCCUCCGCACCCAUCGCGGUCAUCUUGUCGACGAACUUCGUCGCCCCGUCUGCCUGGAACGACCCAGGGGGCCUCAGGCACCAGGGGGUUGUACCAGUCCACGGGAGGAGAAGGAGGCGGAGGAGGAGGAGGAGGAGGAGGAGGAGGACUUGGCGAGGUCGUAG